CGCUGGGCUCCCCGCCUUGGCUCGCUGAGAGGGCCUCGCAAAGAGAGCGCCUCACAGGGAGUCCGCGCCUCAGCGCCGCGGGAAGGCGCCGCCGCCGCUGGCCAAGGUGCUGGACACAACCGGACGGUGGGCCACCUCGCCAGCUCAGCCACCCACUGCAGCUACCGCUGCCUCGCAAACAGCCGGGUCCCCAUGGAAGAGAUGGAAGAAGAGUUAAAAUGCCCGGUGUGCGGCUCCUUCUAUCGGGAGCCCAUCAUCCUGCCCUGCUCUCACAAUUUAUGUCAGGCGUGCGCCCGCAAUAUCCUGGUGCAGACCCCUGAUUCUGAGUCACCUCAGAGUCGUCGGGCCUCCGGCUCUGGGGUCUCCGACUAUGACUAUCUCGACCUGGACAAGAUGAGCCUGUACAGCGAGGCGGACAGCGGGUAUGGCUCCUACGGGGGUUUCGCCAGCGCCCCCACCACCCCGUGCCAGAAGUCCCCCAACGGCGUGCGCGUGUUUCCCCCAGCUAUGCCGCCACCGGCCACGCACCUGUCACCGGCCUUGGCCCCGGUGCCCCGCAACUCCUGUAUCACCUGCCCCCAGUGCCACCGCAGUCUCAUCCUGGACGACCGGGGACUCCGCGGCUUCCCCAAGAACCGCGUACUGGAAGGGGUAAUUGACCGCUACCAGCAGAGCAAAGCUGCGGCCCUCAAGUGCCAGCUCUGCGAGAAGGCGCCCAAGGAGGCCACCGUCAUGUGCGAACAGUGCGAUGUCUUCUACUGCGAUCCGUGCCGCCUGCGCUGCCACCCGCCCCGGGGGCCCCUCGCCAAACACCGCCUGGUGCCCCCAGCGCAGGGCCGCGUGAGCCGGCGACUGAGCCCACGCAAGGUCUCCACCUGCACAGACCACGAGCUGGAGAACCACAGCAUGUACUGCGUGCAGUGCAAGAUGCCCGUGUGCUACCAGUGCUUGGAGGAGGGCAAACACUCUAGCCAUGAAGUCAAGGCUCUGGGGGCCAUGUGGAAACUGCACAAGAGCCAGCUCUCGCAGGCACUGAACGGGCUAUCGGACAGGGCCAAAGAGGCCAAGGAGUUUCUGGUGCAGCUGCGCAAUAUGGUCCAGCAGAUUCAGGAGAACAGUGUGGAGUUUGAGGCCUGCCUGGUGGCCCAGUGUGAUGCCCUCAUUGACGCCCUCAACAGAAGAAAAGCCCAGCUGCUUGCACGGGUCAACAAGGAGCAUGAGCACAAGCUGAAGGUGGUUCGAGAUCAGAUCUCUCACUGCACAGUGAAAUUGCGGCAGACCACAGGUCUCAUGGAGUACUGCCUGGAGGUGAUUAAGGAAAAUGAUCCUAGUGGCUUUUUGCAGAUCUCUGACGCCCUCAUAAGGAGAGUGCACCUGACUGAGGAUCAGUGGGGAAAAGGCACACUCACUCCCAGGAUGACCACAGACUUCGACUUGAGUCUGGACAACAGCCCUCUGCUGCAAUCCAUUCACCAGCUCGACUUCGUGCAGAUGAAAGCUUCCUCUCCAGUCCCAGCAACCCCCAUCCUACAGCUGGAGGAGUGUUGCACCCACAACAACAGUGCUACGCUGUCCUGGAAGCAACCGCCUCUGUCCGUGGUGCCCGCCGAAGGAUACAUUCUGGAGCUGGACGAUGGCAGUGGUGGUCAGUUCCGGGAAGUAUAUGUUGGAAAGGAGACAAUGUGCACUGUGGAUGGCCUUCACUUCAACAGCACAUACAACGCUCGCAUCAAGGCCUUCAACAAAACAGGAGUCAGCCAGUACAGCAAGACGCUGGUCCUCCAAACGUCUGAGGCUGAGGCUGGCGGCACCAGGACUGAGGCUUCCUGUUGGCACCACGCAGGAAAUGACCAACAACGCCGCAUUUCCCUCACCAUGUUCACCUUUGCCAGUCCCACUAGGCUGGGUUAGGCCACCUGAGGCCACGGCGCAAGGUCACUCUCUAGAGAGCUGUCACAUCCUGGCUAUCCUGUAACUCGGCCGGUCAUCAAAAACAAGCCAUCUGUCUCAGAGGAGGGGCUUGAGUUUGAUGGCUGGGUAUAACCUCUGAGACUUUUAACAUCUUCAUUUUAAAAGUAACUGCAAACACAGGAAAUUAAACCUCUGAAGAGGUGUUUGUGGUCAUUGCCAGAGCAUUUUCAGACCUGGGUGUCAUUUUAAUCAUCUAAGUCACGCCUACCCCACUGGCAAUCUCCAUAACUUCCCUCUGCAGCACUAAUUGUGUUGAUUUUGUUCAGAUUCAAUAUGUUAGCUUAAAGAACUGUGGUGGUGUUUUUUCCCACUUCCCACAAAUCUGGGCACGUGCCAGCUACCCCUAAAAUGGUUCACAUGGUUAAAAACAAGCACAACUUCAAAUCCCACAGCAAAGCUGAGAGACCCCUGGUUGUGAGCACCAUGCUUGCAGAGCAAUUGUAAGGCUCUGAAUGAUACUAAUCAAAGUUGAAGGGAAAACACCCACAUGACCUGUUACAUUUGGGUUAAAGGGGGUGUGGCAUCUAGAGCCUCCCCCAGAAUGAUCAUUUUAGCAACUUCUGUCUGGGAUGACCUAUCAGCUUGAGAGCAAUUGCCUCUUUUCCCAAAGUACCAUCCUAAAGGCAAAGCCCUUCCCUAGUUUCCUAGACGCAAUGCAGCAGGCUCUCCAUGGUAAUGGCCUCAUUCCCAUGCGUGUACAAGCCGGUUUGAUUGAGGAGUGAAGUGCAUGCCAUCAGAGCAGGGAGACAAUUUGCAGCAAUGUUGCUAAUAUGUGUCAUCAGACCUACGGGAAAAAUAUUUCUGUUCAUAAUCCAUCAUGGAAAUCAUAUUCUGCUAAAAUCAGUUAUUAGCAUAGCAGCUGAACACUUAUGUCUCUCUUUUCAUCCUGCAGGAGGAUGUAGUUUCUCAGUUUCUCUUAAUGUUCAUAAGAUUAUGGUGUCCAAUAAAUUACAGGAUUGUUAACUGCUAUCCUUGGUACCGCAGCCACAGAACUGGGGGUCAUUUUCUAAAAGAAACUAAUGGAACAAGUCCUCUUCCAACAAAGAAACUGUACUGUAGAAAUUAAUUUCCUCCAUGAAUUUUAUAUAUUGUGUACAAAUAUAAGGUAUGUAUCUAAAUACAAAGAGUACCUUAUCACCAUGUAGAUACCAGUAUCUCUGUUACUGCACAGAAGUGACUCUCAUGAUGAAAUAAAGUUCACACCCAUACUUUCUCCAUAAUUUUGGCUUGUUCUCUUUGUGUCUCCCUCAUUCUAAUUCAUUCCAACAGUGAGACAAGAUUUAGAAUGCAAGAAAAAAAUACAAUGAAUAGGCAACUUUUUAAGACCUGAUCAAAUGUAACAAUAGAGAAAGACUAUAGAAUUAAAGAGUUAUGUCUUUUUUUUUGUUUUUUUAGAAAUCAGUGAGAGAAAUGGCAUCAACAGUUUUGAUACAUUAACUGAACUUAUGUUCUAUUAAUCUUAUUUCCUACAGCUUCUGGAAAGGUUUGCUUUGGAAAUGUUUUUCCGUGCUGCUGCUGGGGGUGAUAUGGUUCAUUUUGACUUCCUGCUAUAACAAAAUCUUUUGGUUCUUAGCAGGAGUUAAUCACUUUCCAGAGUUCAGAACAGAAGGUCUAUUUCACAGAAAGGUCUGAUUUCAUAUGUGAUAACAUAUGAUAGUAUUUACAUGUGUUUGGUCUGACAUUUAAAUCACUUAUCCUAUUGAAAUUAUGAGAAAAACCUCUGCUGCCCUAAAGGUAAUAUUAUGUAGGGGACAUGAAAUGUCUUCCACCUUAUUAUGAAUUCUGAUCAUUUUUUUCAAAGGCAAAUUUGUUUACUUCUUCAUCUUUAUUGGGCAGUGCCUGGUAAGUGCCUGCUGUGUGCCGUGCUGUGGGUAUAAAAUGUGGAACAGACAUCACCCCUGCUGCCAGGAACUGAUAGUCCAGGAAAAGAGACAGGCCUUAAAAAAAUAGACCCACAUAGUUAUAUACUCACAAAUUAUGAUAAACACAAUGAAAGAAGGAGAUGGGACCAGGAGAAAGAGAUAUUUUGUAUUGGGAAAUUGGUCAGGAAAACAUCAAAAAAUAAUUUAAUUCAUGGAAAUUUAAAGAAUGUGCUAUUAAAAGAAAAAAGGAAAAGAACACAUUAUUAUAUGAGUUCAAGUUUGGUUAGUUUUACAUAAGCGAAGUCUUCAGAGAUAUACUUAAGGCAAUCAUGUGAAAAAGGCCAACUGGGGAUCUAAACCAAAUUACCCUGACUUAAACAAGAAAUAUGACUCUAAGCCAUUAAGAAUUUUGAUGAAAUUUUAAAAUAAGGUGCACAACCCUCAUUGUAUGUAUCUUCAAGGUAACUCACUUACUAGCCAUCAUGGCUACGUCACAGUCUUUGAACUAUCUGCAAAGGUGUGUCAGUAAAAAAACAUAUGUAACAGGGCUUCUGCAUACAUAGCUCUGGGGCUUAUUCUGUGUCUGGGAGACUCUACUACUGAAAAAAAAAGUUAGACAAGGCUGAGAACAGAAGAGGAAAUGUUUCCCUUUGCUUUUCCCUGUUUUCCCUCUGCAUAUCUAAACAGACUCUACCUUUUUCUUUUUCAUGAAUCUGGAAAGAAAAUGAAAUAGACCAAAGUAACAUUCCUGGGGCUCAAAUAACUCAUUGUGACUAUUAGCUGUCUGGAAAGAGACGGUCUCUCUCUGACUCCUCUCAGCUCUCAGAGCCAGGGAAUUGCUUCAUGCUGCCUCCCCAGCAGAGGUAGAGCUCACCUCACCAAUCGUUCAGGGGAGUUAGAACAUAAAGACAGGCACCCUCUACACAACAAAUGCUCUUUAACAUCAAUCUCUUUGUGUUAGAAGAUUCUUUCCUUGGACAAAUUCUUAGGAGUGGAAUAAUUGGGCCAAGGAGUAUAAACAUUUUUAAGGCUCUCGAUUUGCAUUUCCAAAUUACUUUCCAGAUGGAUUUUAUACCAGAAAAAUCUGAGCCAUUCCAUUUUUAAUCACCUUAACUCUAUUAUUUAGAGUUUAAUUUCAACAAACAAGCAACCUCUUCUAAAAAG